UUGGUUGCACGUGUUUCGUGGUAGAAAUCAGAUCUUGUUGAUCUUCAGUUUCGUGGUUUGACAACGUUUGAAUGUCUAAUAAUGAGUCGGAAGUUUAUUAUUCUUAAACACCGGGAAAGGCUAACUAUAAUAAUUGAUUCUUCCCUGGGAAUGAAGAUGACUAGAAAUGUGCUUUAGUAGGAAAACAUGGAAUAUAAUAUGCAGUUGAGGUAUAUACUUAUAUACAACUUGAUUUAUAGUUUCUGGAAUUUUGAUCGAUAAGAGAUUCUGAAGGGACAUAUUCAUUUAUUUUCCGUCAAAUUAGCAAGUAUCGCGAUUUAAUCUGUAGAAAUAUCUUAUGACAGCAUGCCUGAGGCUAAUGUUAUGUUUUGAAGUUAUUUUAUUCAUUGCAUCCAGGUAUCAGUUGAUGGAGAGAAGACUGACUGCUCAUUGAAUCUAAAUCUUAUAACUGUAAAACAGCCUUAAUUCCUGAUACAGGCCACUAUGGAUUAUAUGCUCAUGUUGUAUUUUCCCUCGUACCAGAAUCAUGAAAUUAUUUAGUUUACCAUGAUUCAUUUUUUCCACUGUUGUACUUCUGUACAGUGUUGGUGUUGUUACGAUUGAAGAUUCUACUUUUAUUGUGAUCGAUUGGUUCUACCGGAAUAUUUUUUUUAUUAUAAACGCUUGUUUUAAUGCAGCGGCCCUUUUAUGAACGCUGGAAAAUGCUUGAGAAGGAAGUAAUUGAACCUCGGAAUAUAGAACGACAAAAUAUAUACCAGAGCAAAAACCCCUAUUACAGAUAUGAUAUGGAACCAUUCAGGGUGAGAAGGAAAGACUUUUGGCUGCUAUCUACAGUCACAAAACUUUUGAAGGGAUUUAUUCCAAAGCUUUCACAUGCUGCAGAUGGUCUUAUUUUUCAGGGCUGGGAUGAUCCAUAUGUUCCUCGAACGCACGAGGGUCUCCUGAAGUGGAAAUACCCAGAACUGAAUUCUGUUGAUUUUCUCUUUGAGCAGAUGGUUGACAGUCGCCAAUCACUUUAUCUUUAUGAACGAGGGAAGAAAAAACUCAUGGAAGGAAGUCGGGUUGUUUUCCCGGGUUAGUAUUUACUUUAUUUUAGUGCUGCUAUUUUUGAUCCGCUUGUUAGAAGUUGGGAAAGUCCCAUGUCUGUCAACUGACUUCAUUUUUCGGUCUAAGCCAAAAUUUAGAAUCUGCAUUUGUGUAUCAAUAUAGAUGUAUAGAUCUCUCAUAAUAUAAACUUGGACAAUCUAUCCUAUCUCCUGCAACAAAUAGGCCAUAAUGGUUAGAUAUAUUAAGUGUUCAAAUUUCAGAAUUACCUAUUUCUUUUGCAGAGCCUCUGAUCCAGCCCCUAUAUCUUCUUUGAACUAUGCAUGUUUUUUAUGUAUCCUUAGUUAUAGAAUGGCUCAAACUCUGUAAACAUAUACUAGUAGUGAGGUGCACUUAGCUGAUGAAUACUGAAAUCUGGUACUUUCUGUUGUUGCUCUGAUUUAACUUUGGUAUGGGAUGCUCAAAUGGAAAUUUUCCUUCACGUGAUCAUUAAGAGACCAGUUCUAGCAAUUCUUCUUUAUUCUAAAUCAUAACAAUUACUUAAUUGGCGUAUUGAUUUGAUAGAGCUAGAUGAAUUGUUUUUCUUAAUCAUCCAACUGAAAUAUGCUGUUAAUGAAGAGACUGUUCUUUGUUGAUAUCUAGGUCACUUAAAUGUAUAACUUUUUAACUGAAAAAUAUUAGUAGUAGGUGAUGUAAAAGAGGUGAACAAUUAAAUAAUAGGAAGACAGUGCUAGAAUGGUCUAUUGGCGUAAAUGAUUGUUUCAUAGUCUAGUUGACUAGGUGCGACUCGAAAGCUAGUUUUAAGCUACUGCAUCAUGCAUUGCAGGCACAAUAGCAUAUCUGGUUGGCAAAAAUGUGAAUUAAUUCACAACUUUGGCUCAACAACUUUGAAAUUGAGUUGAAAAUUUCAUGAAUUCCUCGCGACUUGUGGAUGCAUCAAAUUGUGCAUACGUGCCCUAGGCAUGCGAUACGGAUUAGGGCACUUAGGUUGAUAUUCUGGUGGUUCUCAUGAUGUUCUACUGAUGCGUAAUAUCUCUGAUUUCUGUGUCAAUCUUCAGUUGACAUAUUGAGAUUCAGAAGUUUUGGCUUCCAUUCUUGCAAAUGCUUCUUUAUCCUGGGUAUUAGGGGAGAGGUGAAACCCGGGUUAAUUUGUAAAUAGUUUUAUUUUUGCACCCAGACCUUCAGUGCACAUCAAUUAUAUAUCCGGUAGUAGUACGUG